AUGAGCAAAAAGUGUGCUCGCGAGGAUUGCGGCAAGACGGUUUACCCGAUCGAAGAGCUGAAAUGUCUGGACAAAGUGUGGCACAAACAGUGCUUCAAAUGCACCGUUUGCGGAAUGACUCUGUCGAUGAAGAACUACAAGGGAUACGAUAAGAGACCGUAUUGCGAUCCGUGAGUCAUCAAAACGAUACGGUUGAAGAUAGAUAGUAUGGAGAUUUUUGAAGGCACUACCCGAAAACGGUGGCUUCCGUCGUCGCCGACACGCCGGAAAUGAGGAGAAUCGCCGAGAAUACCAAGAAUCAGAGCAAUGUGAGUGUAUCUGAAAAAAACUGUUGCAAAUCUUGUGCUGAACAGCUUUGUAGUUGGCCAUUUUUACCGAAAACGUCAUAUUCUCAAGUUGUGAGCCUAUUUCUUAACAGUACAGUUAUGUUGAAGCUUUGAGGCCUCAAAUCAGGCCCUAGCAGUAACUUUUCAUGCUUAACGACUUUGUAAUUGACCGUUUUUUCCAAAAAUGCUCAAUUCUAGAGUGAUUACAGAUUCAAUAUCACGCCGAGUACGAAAAGAUGAAGGGGACUAAGACCGAGAUUGCCGAUGAUCCGGAGAUUGAGCGACUUAAGAAGAACACUCAGGUUAGCUGAAUUUAAGAAUCUAAGUGCUCUAUUGCUCAUCGAGAUCCUCAAAAUAUGAACAUUUGACAUUGUUGUAGGUCCAAUCGAACGUGCAAUACCACGGAGUCUUGGGCCUGAAAGCCCGUCAAGAGGAGGUCCGUCCGAAGGAGGAAAUCUCUCCGCAACCCUCACCAAGUAAGCGUUUUCUUUUUCUCAACCAAGAACUGUAUCGUCCUUUCCUUUCGCUUUUUCGUUUUUGCACGACGUUCCGUUAUUAUUUCGCUUUACUACCAGUUUACUGCCACAUCACGGGCGCCGGCGGCGUACAGUACUCGCGGAUCACUGUAGAAGAAGAAAAGCAAGCCGCGGCGGUCGAGGAAAUGGAAGAUGUGAGCGACGAGGAGGGCGACGAGUACUGGCAGAUUCCGGUGACCGUUUUCUAUAGAUAGAUUUCGAACUUUUGCCGUUUUUUCCCUCACUUCUACUUCUUUUUCUUUCUUUAUGUUCUCUCAUCUACCUCAGAAGUGUUUCGCCCGCAAAGUUCGCUACGACACUCCACGCAGUCGCUCUCCCAUUGACACACAAAAUGGUGCGCCCCGCGGCCUAGAAUUGCGGGGAAAUGAAAGAGCGACUGCAAAUUUCGCGGUUUCCGAACUUUGUAAGCGAGAAAAAUAGUAUGUUAUCUCAUAUUUUCGUGUUUUCUCUCGUCUUCAAACGCAUAUCAGUCGCCCCUGUUCAGGUGUUGAAGCCGCGGCCGUUCCCGCACCCACCAAGGCUCCGCUCACUCCAAAAACCACUAAACUCAUGACCAAAUGAAGAAGAUUUCAGUUGUAUCGGUUUUUGUGUUUAAUAAAGUGCACUUUCAUUAUUAUUAUUAUUAUCAUUUUCUCACAUCACACACAUUUUUCGUUGUAAAACAAGCAAAUACUAACCGAAAUCAUUUUCAGUGCAAAUGUCGCCGAACGGAAUCCAACACCAAACGUAUUCGGCGCCCACGCAAGCCGUCAUCGCCAACACUCAUCUCAUUUACUCGACGGAGCAGGGAGGAACAGGUCGGUGAUGGAAACGCGCUGUCGGCGCUUUUCUUGGUCAUUUUGUCGAAAAACACGUGAAAUCUCGAUUUUCUUGCAUUAGAAGUGUGUUUUUCCGGAUUGUUGAGACGCAAAUCGAUAAACGCCUAAAUUUUCGCAUUUUCAGUGUCGCCACAACCGCAAAAAAGUGUGGGCAGCAUCGCCGACUACGACCCGAUGAACGGACAAUGGGGUACGGCGGGUGGCCAGCCGAAAAACUCGGAAAAAUUGGGAUAUCUCAGUAAGGCUUUCCGCUUUUGUAAAUACCGUCCGCGUUCGUUUUUGUGUUUGUUCUCAAUGGAGCGCACUUUCUGAUCUACGUUAUUCGCACGUCUCAGUCGGCAUUUCCGAGUUUCCAAUUGCAGAAGCACAAGUGGAAAAAGGGCCGGCUCGGUUUUGUGCGGAUUUCGCCGGCGCGCCGCCCGCAGCACAGAGCAUCGCCUCCUCGUCGCCGCAUUCGACGCUUUCAUCUCCGCAGAGCGCCGUUUCGCCGACUGGAAAGGCCGGAUUCGCCGUCAAAGCGAUUUACGAUUACGCGGCCGCCGACAAAGACGAGGUUUGGCUGAGAAAUGAGCAAAACGCGCUCUCGAUUUCAUUUCUAGGCAGUUCUAGGUCACGAAAUUGUAAUGUUAUAGUUUUUCCAGAGAUUUUGUGCAAGUCUUUCAAAAAACACAUUUUAAAGUCCUUUUUCGAACUUUGCAAAGCCAACAAAUCGCUGGGCAUUCUAAAAUUAUGCUUGAAAAGCGGAAACCAGAGGCGACGCCCCUAAAAAUCCCAAUUUUCCAGAUCUCAUUCCUCGAAGGCGACAUAAUCGUGAACUGCGAGAAGAUCGACGACGGCUGGAUGACGGGCACCGUCCAAAGAACUCUUCAGUGGGGAAUGCUGCCCGCCAACUACGUCCAAACGCACAAAUUGCCGACCGGUCUGCACCGCCUUUCCUGA